AUGGGGGACUCGGCGACAUCCCCAACCAGGCUUAUUUCUGGAAAGACCCGAGGCCUGUGCUUGACCUGGGGCCCGCCAGGCGGCUGGCGAAAGCCCUUGGGCCUGGCUCCGUCUCACAGGAAGUUCUCCGCUCCCAGGCAUGGGUCCCUGGGUUUCUUGCCUCGGAAACGCAGCAGCCGACACCGUGGGAAGGUGAAGAGCUUCCCCAAGGAUGACUCUUCAAAGCCCGUCCACCUCACCGCCUUCUUGGGCUACAAGGCCGGCAUGACUCACAUCGUGCGGGAGGUCGACAGGCCAGGAUCCAAGGUGAACAAGAAGGAGGUCGUGGAGGCUGUGACUAUUGUGGAGACCCCGCCCAUGGUGGUUGUGGGCGUCGUGGGCUACGUGGAAACCCCUCGAGGCCUUCGUACCUUUAAGACCAUCUUCGCUGAGCACAUCAGUGAUGAGUGCAAAAGGCGCUUCUAUAAGAACUGGCAUAAGUCCAAGAAGAAGGCCUUCACCAAGUACUGCAAGAAGUGGCAGGAUGAUGAUGGCAAGAAGCAGCUAGAGAAGGACUUCAGCAGCAUGAAGAAGUACUGCCAGGUGAUCCGCGUCAUCGCCCACACUCAGAUGCGCCUGCUCCCUCUACGCCAGAAGAAGGCCCACCUCAUGGAGAUCCAGGUGAACGGAGGCACGGUGGCCGAGAAGCUGGACUGGGCCCGUGAGAGGCUGGAGCAGCAGGUGCCUGUGAAUCAGGUGUUCGGGCAGGACGAGAUGAUCGACGUCAUCGGCGUCACCAAGGGCAAAGGCUACAAAGGGGUCACCAGCCGCUGGCACACGAAGAAGCUACCCCGCAAAACCCACCGAGGGCUGCGCAAGGUGGCCUGUAUUGGGGCCUGGCAUCCUGCCCGAGUGGCCUUUUCUGUGGCUCGGGCUGGGCAGAAAGGCUACCAUCACCGCACUGAGAUCAACAAGAAGAUCUACAAGAUCGGCCAGGGCUACCUCAUCAAGGAUGGCAAGCUGAUCAAGAACAAUGCUUCCACUGAUUAUGAUUUGUCUGACAAGAGCAUCAACCCUCUGGGUGGCUUUGUCCACUAUGGUGAAGUGACCAAUGACUUUGUCAUGCUGAAAGGCUGUGUGGUGGGAACCAAGAAGCGAGUGCUCACUCUUCGCAAGUCCUUGCUGGUGCAGACCAAGCGGCGGGCUCUGGAGAAGAUUGACCUUAAAUUCAUCGACACCACCUCCAAGUUUGGCCAUGGCCGAUUCCAGACCGUGGAGGAGAAGAAAGCAUUCAUGGGACCACUUAAGAAAGACCGAAUUGCAAAGGAAGAAGGAGCUUAACAUCAGGAGCAGAUUGUGCAGCUGGUGGGAUCUCAAUAAAACUAGUUUUCCAGUGACCC